AUGACACUACAUAUUGGCGACGAGGACAAAAGAGCCUCAGAGAUAAAAUCAUGUUUUCGUUGUGGCUCAAAAGGCCACAUUUCUUCUAACUGUCCAGCAAGAGAGAAAAUUUGCAAGAAAUGCGGCUACAAAGGACACGUCAGCAAACAGUGCAGAACUAAGCCGGGGAAAAGAACACACUAUGAGAGCACAACGGUCAAGAAAUCAAGAUACAGAGAGCCAGACAAGGACGACGACGAUCACAACACAAACUAUGUGUUCCACAUUGACAAUGAUAGUGACAUAUCAUGUAUGAUUGGAGGAAUACCAGUUCAGAUGGUAAUCGAUUCUGGUAGCAAGUGUAACAUAUUAAAUGACGAAACAUGGACGUACCUAAAGAAUUCGCAGGUAUCGGUGUCAAAUCAAAUAAAACGACCCAAGAAAAUUCUCAUGGCUCAUGCUAGCAAAGAACCGUUAACUAUUCUAGGGUGUUAUGAUGCUGAGAUUAAGGAUGAACCAAAAUGCAGUUUUAACCUUUUGAAAGAAUGCUUGUGUAAAAUUAAAUCGUUAGGAUACUAUGACCCUAAAGACAGGACUCAGGUUAUAGCCGAUGCAAGUCCUGUAGGGCUGGAGGCUGUCCUAAUAUAG